GAGUACGCAGAGAGCACUGAAGGACUUACACAGCAAUCAAGAACUAAUAUGAUCAGCUCAUUAUCAUGGAUUCUCUGUCUAUCAAGUGCAUAUUGCUGUCUAUAGUUCUCUUCCCUGGAGCAAGUGGAAGUACAAUUUUUUUGUCUGCUAAAAAAAACUCCACAGUAAACGUAACUACUGGACAAAAAGUGACUCUGAUUAUGAACUGCACCGUUACAAACUUUGUGGAAUUCCGAGUGCAAAACACGGCAAAUAAUGGUGACAAUGUGCUUCUUUCUACUGAUACAUUUGGAGACAAGAGUGAUGAAUUUGGAAAGUAUACCCUUCAUGUGAACACUUCCUAUGUAGCGUUCACCAUCAAUAAAGUGGAAGAAAUGAAUUUGGUGCGCUACAGCUUGUGUGUCGAAUUAAGAACCGAUUAUUUCUUAAAGGAAGUGACACUAACCGCGAAUGCAGAUACCAAGAAAACAGAAGAAAUCAUUGGAAUGAGGAACCAAGAAAACACAAACAAUCAUCGCAGUGAGUUGAAUAACGUACUAAUUCCCAUCUUCACACUUUUCGGAUUAAUAGCCGGUGUAGCGUUUGGUAUCUACUGUGUUAAGAAGAGAGGUGAGAGACCUGUUAAUGUACAGUACAGCGAAUCUCAGCUGAGAAUGAUACGUUUAAAGGAAGAAGAUGGGAAUCCAACUGUGCAGGAGUCAACCUCAGAAGAAAAUUCACAACUACAGCCCAUUUGUAACACUGUAUAAUAAGUGCACAUUACUUAUCCAUCUCAGGCUUUCAUUUACAUCUACUUACUCAUUAAAGAUUCCAUCCUUCCUUGCAUUAAAGGGACAGACAAGGCAAAAUUCUAAUUUACUUCUAAUAUCUCAUUUGGUAUCUUUUGUUGGAAGGCAGACAGGGACUUUGGAGAGUGCACGUACCUAUUCUAUUACACAGUGAUGCUAGAUGGCUAAAGACACGUGCACCCUCCUGAGCUCACUAAGGAUUACGCUUUCACAAAUAAUACCAAGAAAACUAAACAAAAUUGUUAAUAGAAGUAAACUGUAACAUUUUUUAAAACGUGUUUAAUUUAGUGCCUACCUGUUUAAUUUAAAAUAACUCUUCCUUCCGUAUAUCCUAAAUAACACAUAUUUUCUGUUUGUCAAAAGGACAAUGGAGAUAGAUGGUUUCCAGUGUAGUAAAGUGUCUGCUAAAGUGAUUGGUAGCCUAUUACAGAUGGAACUUUUCUCUUAUAAUGAUGUCCAGAAGUUAGGUGAAAGCCCUGCUGUGUACUGUGCUGCUCUAGGCCCUGAUAAAUAUGCUGCAAUCUGAACUUUAAUUGUUAGCCUAGGACACCCCAUAGACAACAAUGGGAUCACUGAUUUGUAAAUAAUAUUUGUAUAUACAUAAUAAUAAUAAUUAACCCCUUAAUACCGGUAUCAAGUGUUUUAACACUAGCUGGAAAAAUGAAAUCACACAAUUGUCGGUGUGAUCACGUGAUUUCAAGGCCAGGAAAAGAUUAUGGGGAACUGCCUGUGCUGUUAGGCACGACCCCAGUCUGUUUUUUCAUUCCCUGAAAAGAGGUGGCUGCUGGGCUCCAUAUAAUAUAGGGUUUUCCAUGCUAUCCUAACGGCAUUAAAUCCCAGCACUUUUAGGAACGUCCUUACAGUGAGAAACGGUUACUAACCAAUCAAUCAAUACAUAAAUAAAACUUUUGAUGAGAAUAUGAAGGCAUC